AUGAGUGCGAGGUUUGACCCUGGGACUUUGGGUGAUCGCACCGCCACGAUUGGGGCCUCGUUUCCAGUGGCUCAGCUGUCGGGACGGAAAGGGAAACGAUACCGAUACGGUAUCAGCAGGACGAUACAUGACGAUACAUUACUGGACGGCUCAAUUCUCUUUCUGCGCGCAUCUCUUGCCCGUCGCCACCCUUCUCUGAAGCAACACACCGCACUCAUUCUAGACAUGGGUUUUAAGCCAUCACAUCUCUCCAACACGGAGAAUCUCAUGAAGUAUAUGAGCCUUGACCAGCGGGGCCAUGUCCUGGCGGAGUAUGUCUGGAUUGAUGCUUCAAGUGGCGUCCGAUCAAAAACAAAGACCCUUAACGGCCCGGUCAAGUCAGUUGAGGAGCUUCCAGAAUGGAACUUCGACGGCUCGUCUACAGGCCAGGCCCCCGGUGAAAACUCAGACGUUUACCUGCGACCCGUUGCCAUGUUCCCAGACCCUUUCCGCCGCGGCGACAAUAUCCUCGUCCUCUGCGAAACCUGGGAUUCGGACGGCUCCCCUAACAAAUUCAACUACCGCCACGAGGCUUCCAAGCUGAUGCGCACUCACGCCCACGAACAUUUUUGGUUUGGCCUAGAACAGGAAUACACCCUCCUAGGCCCUGACGGGUGGCCAUACGGCUGGCCCAAGGGUGGUUUCCCUGGAGCUCAGGGCCCAUACUACUGCGGUGUUGGCACUGGCAAAGUCCAUUGCCGUGACAUCGUCGAGUCGCAUUACAAAGCCUGUCUAUAUGCUGGUAUCAAAAUCUCUGGUAUCAACGCAGAGGUCAUGCCAGCUCAGUGGGAGUAUCAGGUUGGGCCCUGUGAAGGCAUCACCCUCGGUGACCAGCUCUGGAUGUCCCGCUUCCUUCUCUCCCGCGUCGCCGAAGAAUUCGGAGCCAUAAUCUCAUUUGCCCCCAAGCCAAUCCCCGGUGACUGGAACGGAGCUGGCCUGCACUCCAAUGUCUCCACGGAAGCCAUGCGUUCUGAAGGUGGCAUGAAGGUCAUUGAGGCCGCGAUGAAGAAGCUCGAAUCCCGCCACUCAGAACACAUUGCCGUCUACGGUGAGGGCAACGAAGACCGUCUGACUGGCCGCCAUGAGACGGGUAGCAUUGAUCGAUUCACCUAUGGUGUUGCAGACCGUGGUGGCAGCGUUCGCAUCCCACGCCAGGUCGCGAAGGACGGCAAGGGAUACUUCGAGGAUCGAAGACCUGCGUCUAAUGCGGAUCCGUAUCAGAUUACCGGGAUUAUUGUUGAAACUCUCUGUGGCGCUUCAUAG